AUGGCCAGGUUCCUUUCGCGGGGCUCCAAGCAGACACCCCAGCCCGGCACGUUGACAUCCAGCCACGGUCCAGAAUCGCCACCAUCAAUGACACCCGUAACCGACCACCCGCUCUCCGAGAAGCCGCCGUCGUCCGCGACUGGCACCGACCCUGAAGCAUCCGAUAAGCCUACGGAGAACGGGAGCCACGGGGCGACCGGGGACGCCAGUGCAUUGGCUACGGAGCAAGGGGAUGCAGAAGAAGAAGAGUACAUGACUGGCGUCAAGUUAAAUCUCGUCCUCGCCGGCUUGACGCUCGUGGUGUUUCUCAUGCUCCUCGACGGUUCCAUCAUCACAACGGCUGUUCCCGAGAUCACAACAGCCUUCAACUCGCUGUCCGACGUGGGCUGGUACGGCGCUGCCUACAGUUUGUGCGGUGCCGCUCUUCAGCCCUUUGCAGGGAAGCUGUACACAUACCUCAGCUCCAAGCAGACGUUCCUGGCAUUUCUGUUCCUGUUCGAGCUGGGUUCGCUGAUCUGCGGCGUCGCGAAGUCCUCUGAUAUGUUCAUCGUCGGGCGCGCCGUUGCGGGCAUGGGGACGGCCGGCCUGUUCAACGGCGCCCUGACGAUCAUAGGCACGACGGUGCCGCUGCAGAAGAGGCCGCUCAUCAUAGGGAUUGUCGUUGGGAUCUCGAAUAUGGGACUCGUGGUCGGGCCACUCAUCGGAGGGGCCUUUACGCAAUACGUAAACUGGAGAUGGUGCUUUUACAUCAACCUCCCGAUCGGCGGCGUGGUCGCAGUCCUCCUGCUGCUCAUCCAAAUUCCCUCCAAGAUCGCAAACCCCCUCCCCCUUCUUCAAAUACCCGCCCACCUUGACCUCCCAGGCUUUGUGCUCUUCGCCCCGGCCGCCGUCAUGUUCCUGCUGGCUCUCCAGUUCGGCGGCAACGACUACUCGUGGGACUCAUCGGUCGUCAUCGGCUUGUUCGUCGGCGCGGGCGUCACGACCGUGCUCUUCUUCUACUGGGAACACAGGCUGGGCGACGACGAGGCCAUGAUGCCCCUAGACCUGUUCAAGAACAGAAUCAUCUGGACCAGCUGCGUCACCGGGGCCGCGAGCUACAGUAUGACCAUGGUCUCGAGCUAUUACCUGCCGUUGUACUUCCAGAGUGUCAAGGGGGCCACGCCGUUCGAGGGUGGAAGGGACUUUCUGCCGACCAUACUGAGCCAGCUGAUUUUCGCCGUGCUCUCCGGCGCCUUGGUCGGGAGAAUGGGGUAUUACAUCCCUUGGGUAGUCUUCGGCUCUAUUGUAGCGACGAUCGGAAACGGGCUCAUUUCGACGUGGACUCCGCAUACGAGCUCGGCCGCCUGGAUAGGCCACCAAGUCCUUCUAGGCGCGGGCCGCGGGUCCAACAUGCAGAUGCACAUCAUCGCCGUCCAGGCAAACUCUGCGCCGUCCCGUCUCCCCGUGGUCAUGGCGACCGUCAUCUUCCUGCAAACCUUUGGAGGCGCCAUCUUCCUGACAGUGGCUUCGGUCAUCUUCAGCGAGGGGCUCGGCACCAACUUGGCAAGGUACGCCCCGUCCGUGGAUGCCAGGACCAUUCUGGCCGCCGGCGGAACGGGAUUCAGAACGGUCGUGCCGCAGGCGGACCUCCCCGGAGUUCUCAUGGCGUACUCCAGGAGCAUCGGCGAGGUGUUCUAUCUCCUGGUCGCCUUGAGCGGUGUGAUCUUUGUGCUGGCGUGGGGUAUGGGCUGGGUUGAUAUCCGGAAGAAGGAUGACAAGAAGAAGAACAAUAAGGGCGAGGUUUAG